CAUCAUCAUCAUCGUCGAAGCCAACUCCAGGCGUCCACCAGCAACUGCUGUCGGAUACAGACACAGUCGUCCAUGAGAUGAGAUCUCACCCUUUGUCCAAACCGGGUAAUUCCCAACCCGAAGAGGACCCGGAAACUUCCCGGCCCACCGUCAACCCCGCAGCCACCUCUGUCGUCGCUGGACUCCGCAAGAAGGGUAUCGGAGUAAGGCCAUGGCUCCUGCUCAACUCGGCUGGCCAGGCACAAGUCUUAGAAGCUGGAAAGCACGCCAUCAUGCGCCGCACGGGCCUGCCCGCCCGCGAUCUUCGAAUCCUCGACCCGCUCCUCUCCUACCCCUCGACUGUUCUAGGCCGAGAGAGAGCGAUUGUCAUCAACUUGGAGCACAUAAAGGCUAUUAUCACUGCCCAGGAGGUGCUCCUGCUGAACUCCCGGGACCCAUCUGUUACGCCCUUUGUUGAGGAGUUGCAGAGACGACUCAUGUGCCAUUAUCACGCAACUAAAGCUCAGGAGGGAAAUGGGGAUGAUUCAAACUGGGCAAAUUUGUAUGAUAUGGGGGAACAGCAAUCAAGGAUUGGUAGUCAACAUUUUUCAGGACCCAUUUCACAAUUUCGAGAGGGAGGCGAAGAAAGUAAAGCACAUGGGAAACAAGGUCUUGAGAAUCGAGACGGAUCAAAGGUUCUUCCCUUCGAGUUUGUUGCAUUGGAGGCCUGCCUUGAAGCUGCUUGUACUUGCUUAGAAAAUGAGGCAAAGACAUUGGAGCUAGAGGCUCAUCCAGCCUUGGAUAAGCUGACUUCAAAAAUCAGUACUUUAAAUUUGGAACGUGUUCGUCAAAUCAAAAGCCGGCUGGUGGCAAUAACUGGACGUGUUCAGAAGGUAAGGGAUGAAUUAGAACAUUUGCUGGAUGAUGAUGAAGAUAUGGCGGAGAUGUAUCUAACCGAGAAAUUGGUUCAACUUGAAAAUUCUUCUACCUCGUCUAUGAAUGAAAGUGAUGAAAUGGAUGAGGAAAUUCUUCAGUCAGAUACGGAUUACAGGGAUCCAACUGAAAUCUCACUGGAAGCUAAUCGGGUCUCUAGUGCUUAUGAAAAUGAUCCACAGAGCACCAACAACCCAAAUGAUCAUCUGUUCACACUGAGCAGGGGUAGUCGCGGGACUCGUACUAGUACUACCCGAAGUGCUAUAAGCAAGCAUUUUGAUGUUGAGGAACUAGAGAUGCUCUUAGAGGCCUACUUUGUGCAAAUUGAUGGUACAUUGAACAAACUAUCCACGCUGAGGGAGUACGUUGAUGACACGGAAGAUUACAUCAACAUAAUGCUGGAUGACAAGCAGAAUCAUCUUUUACAAAUGGGAGUCAUGUUAACAACAGCAACGCUGGUGGUGAGCGCAUUUAUUGUUGUUGUUGGUCUUUUUGGUAUGAACAUCCAUAUCGAGCUGUUUGAUGCGGAGAAAACCAGUGUAGACAUGUUUCUAUGGACCAUUCUUGGUGGUACUACUGGCACCGUCUUUCUAUAUGUGGCUGCAAUUGCCUGGUGUAAGCACAAGAACUUGCUCGAGUAAUUCGAGAAAGAAUGUGUUAUACUGCUAAAAUAAUCGAAGAAGCCAGUAAAUUGACUGGCCUGCUCUGUAAUCUUUGUAGAGAGAAUGAUCCAUGGAGAUCUACUACCAAAACAAGUUCUGUAACAAAACCUUGUUUUCCGAUGUUACUGAAAAUUGGGUAGUCUUGUUUGGUGAUUACCUUCAAGUUAUACAAUUGAUUAUAUUUUCUUAUCGGA